GUCCAAAAUCCUAUUACGGUCUCCGUGCAGUUACACUUUAAUCGAUUCAGACAGGUCACGUGGUCUUUACGUGGAUGGGACACACAUAAAGUAACUCGCGAGCUGUAUCCUUACGAGCUGACCGCCAUGGAUUUUAUGACAGAUCGUGAUGUGCAAACGUAUGUGGAUGAUGGAUAUGUGGUUCUGGACGGGCUGCUGACCUCUCAGGAGUGUGAUGAACUGAGGCAGAAGAUGACAGAGAUUGUGGACCAGAUGGAUGUCCCAGAGCACUGCCGCACCACCUUCUCCACUUAUCACGACGAGCAGCUCAAAACACAGGGAAAUGCUGACUACUUCAUCACCAGUGGAGAUAAGAUUCGCUUUUUCUUCGAGAAAGGAGUUUUCGACGACAAAGCUGAAUUCAUCGUACCAAAACAGCGGUCACUGAAUAAAGUCGGUCAUGCACUACAUGCCUAUGAACCGUUGUACAAAAAGGUUACACAUUCACCCAAGGUUCAGGGCAUAGCUAAGAAGCUGGGUCUUGCAAAUCCUGUGAUACUGCAAAGCAUGUACAUUUUUAAGCAACCAGGAAUUGGUGGGGAAGUGACACCACAUCAAGAUGCCACAUUUCUGUACACCGAGCCCCUGGGCAGAGUGAUGGGGAUGUGGAUCGCCCUGGAAGAUGCCACCGUCAACAACGGCUGCCUGUGGUUUAUCCCAGGGUCACACAGCAGUAAGCUGUCAAUAAACUGUUGUAUUUCUCGGCGUAUGGUGCGCACCCCCAAGGGCACCUAUCCCCUGACAGACUUCAUUGGAAAAGAGCAGGCCUAUGAUGAAGAGAAGUUUAUUGCCGCACCAGUUAAAAAAGGUGGCGUAGUCCUGAUCCAUGGGCAGGUGGUGCAUCGCAGCGCUGAAAACAACUCCGAAGACUCUCGCCACGUCUACACCUUCCACAUCAUGGAAUCCCAGGACACCUGCUGGAGCCCUGACAACUGGUUGCAGCCCACUGAAGAGCUCCCUUUCCCACCUCUCUACACCAAAUGAAGGAUAUCUUUGGGAUUUGGCUUUAUUAAAAACACAAGAUCCUCUAUUUUUACUGAAGAAGCACCAAUAUGCAUGAACUGUUUUUAACCACAGCAAGUUGCUGCAAUUUCUAAUGGCUUGUUUUUUAUCUUACAUGACACCAUCUGUUUCUCUGAGCUACAUGUAUACCAGCACGUGACCCGAUCCAGAAUCACUUCAACUGUGAAAAUUCAAAAGUGGAUUAAUGGCUACUAACUCAUUUUUUCAGAGUGUAUCAAUGUUUUAAAUGAGAAAUUAAUUUGAAGAAACAUUUAUCUUUUUGAACAACUACCCAUGGAAACUUAAAAAUACAGCUGAUAUUUAGAUCUACUUUUUUAUUCAGAGUCUCCUCAUCAACAUUGUCACCAACCAGCUUUUUCUUGUUCAGGGUCAUUUUGUCAAAAUGAGAUGGCAGAUUCCUAUUUUUUUGCAGACAAAACAUUAAGCAUCUCUGUUGUCAAGUAUGUUGAUUUUAAGAUGCAACUUAAAUAAAAAACAACUCAACUUUA